AUGAAUGACUAUAAGAAUGAAUUACCUUCUGAGCCGGCCAAAACAAUUCUAGAUUCAGAAAACCAGGAAGAUCCAUUCCAAAAUGCUUUAGAUAAUGAAAGAGAUCAUGCUUUAGGUCAAUUACAAGCAAUAGCGAACAACGAAGCAAGCGCUGAAACAUAUAUGAAAUUACUCGAUUUCAUUACAAAUUGCGGUAAAGAAUUAGAAGAAUUUCUUAUUUUUUCAAACGCAAUUCGAAUUUUAGGCGAAAGUUUAAACAGUUCUUCAACAAAUACUUGCUCAAACUCCCUUCACAUCAUGGCAGCAAUAGCAUACAGAUCUCACAAAGCUAGAUCAGAAUGUAUCGAUUAUAUUCAUAUCAUCUUGAAACUGAUGAGAGGACCAUCGAUUCUUCCAUACGCAGUUGAACUUUUACAAGUUAUUGUGCUCUACGAACCAUGGUGUAUCCAACAGCUUCAAAAAGAUGAACAAAUUUUUGAUAAACUUUUUAAUUACAUGUUAAUGCAACUUGACAAUUACAAGAUAAGUUAUUUAUGUACAUUAGUUAAUUCCCUACUGAAAUAUUAUCCAGAUUACACUCCUUCUGAAAAAUCUUUCAAUUUUAUCCUUCAAUUAUUCAUGGGAGUUAAUUUUAGGGACCCUGAAGUGUUGUCAUCCAUUAUUACAAUCUAUACAACGUUUGCAAAGAAGUUUGAAUCAAAUAAAAUUAAUCAAUUUUUCCCAAGCGAUGUUUUCGAAAGAUUAUGCGAACUUACGACAACAGCUCCUCUAUGGGAUAAUACAUCAUCGGUUAUUAGUCGACUUUUGGAAUUAUGGAACUUAUUAAUCGUAAAAUACGGAAUAAUCCUGUUCGCUCAGGAAGCAAUGGGCACAAUAUUUGAAACUCUCCUUGGAGUCUUCCCUAAUUCCGCUGUUAAGAGUAGAUUUUACUUCCUUUUCUCAAAUAUCGCUGCAAUUCCCGAAUUUGCAGAGCCAUUUUUCUUAUCUGGAGCGUUUGAUGCUAUAUACCAAAACGUUGUUGAUAUGCCAGCAAUAGAAAAAGAGAAUUUCUUCUUUACUUUGUGUAAUCUUGUAAAAACACUUGGCCCUCAAGUUUGCAACCGUUCUGACUUUGCAGAACUUCUUUCUGAAUGUGUCUCCUUUGCUCCUUCCUCUAGAUCUCCUGAUUUUGGACCAAUUUUCCUCGAAUUUAUUCUUAUUUCUUAUAAUUUCAAUAAUCAUUUGUUUUCUGCUGUUGAUCUCGAUGACCUACUAGAAUAUCUUGAGGAAAUGAUUGAUACUGGAUCAGAAGAUGGACAAAGACUUGCAAUUAUUGCAAAACAAACAAUCUUUCCCGAAUAA